AUGGAAGCACCAGUGACGGGCGCAGGUGGACAGGUGCCCAAGGCUGAGUUGACCAAGACUCCCAGGGACGAGGACGACGAAGAAGCGUUGUUUCCGCUGGAAUUGAGCAGAACACCAUCUCCAGAACCCAGCAACACUGCCAGGCAAACUGCGAAGCAGCACUUGGCCGAGCUACUGGAUUUGUGGAAGACCACCCGGCAUUCAGAGGAGACUGCGGUUGGACCACAGGAAAAGCAACGCAUUGAGAAAGUGUUCUUUGAGACCAUGCCUUCGGACAAGGUGAAGAUUGUAGAGGUGAAGCGGAACAUGCAGCCCGCUCUGCUGAGCCAGUUCUGUCGGGAGGAGCAAUCAUCGAUGAACAUGCACGAGAGUCAGCUGAAGACCCACAAAGAGUUUAUGCUGCUUCAUGGAACUCGAUGGGAUUAUGCCCCUCUGAUUGCAGAGAAUGGCUUGGACCCGUGCUGUGGACAUUUAGCCAAAGGCUCUUGGCUGGGAGGCAUCGCUGAAAAAGCACACUCCUACGCGUCUAAGGGACCAGGACCUGAAACCCCCGAGGGCGAUCGCUUGUUCGCGCUCUUCGUGGUCGCCGCCGUGCCGGAUCUGAUGGACGGCGAUGAUGAGAGAUCCUUUGGCGUUUGGCGCAUGAUGUCUGGCAAGCGCAUGUAUCCAGCCUACCAUGUGAUCUAUUCUGCACCCAUGGACAUCAAGAGGAAGAAACCCCUUAUCGAGCCUCGCCAGAACAAGGCCGCGCUUCUGAAGAGAGGCGAAAAGACGGAUCGCUCCGAGCGCGAACCGCGCGAAGCGCGGUGUCGCAGCGUGAGCCCCGACCGUCGCGCGGAGGAAAGCUUCCGCAACACCUUCUACCCAGCGAAUGGAAUGCAUGAGAUCACAUGA